GCCAUCCGCCAUUAAACGCCAAGAAGAAGAAGCAGCAGCAUGCGAGUGAGACGUAAACACAAACAACAAUGCUAUUUUAUCUCAUUUUAAAACAUAAGCAAUAAAGUCUUUGUGGUGAUUACGGGGCAGGAUGGAUCAUUUCAGAGGACCCGUGAAAACAGACUGUGAAGAACUACUGGCUCGCUUUCAAGCGACCGAGUCAGUUCGGUACGAGCAGUUUGCAGAGAUCUGGAGAGACAUGGACUUCAGCAGCAUCUUCCAUGGUAAACUGGAGCCAAAUGAGAGAAGGCACUUUGCUCGUCUGAUUCUGUCUAUGGUGUCUCCAUACUUUUUUCCUCCUUACACGUUCCAGAUCAGAGUGGGGGGGCUUUAUCUGCUGUAUGGCCUCUUCAACACACAACUCGCCGCUCCCAGAGAGAAGAUCCGCAUUGCUCUGAAGGACUGGAAGGAUGUUAUGCAGUUUCAGAAGGAUGCAGUGAAUGCUAAACAUUAUGAUGUGGUUUAUGUCUUCAGAAAGCUCUUGUCUGAUAAAGCUUUCUGCUUCACAGCCAUGCCAACACCGCUCAAUUUCAGGACAAAGAGGGAAGAUGGAAUGAAGAGGAAAAUCUGUGAAGAGUUUGUUGAUCCGCCAUCACGUCCUCAGGAACUCGUCACCACAGAUGUACUAGAGGAAAUUGCAAAUAUCCAUGAGCAUUAUGAAGGUGUGAAAAAAGCUGUUUUCACUGAACCAGACCCAAACCUGAAUAUUGUACAACAAACCCUGGUUCCCAAACUAAACAGUGCCGUCCUCACUUAUUCCAGCUGGCAGAUGAAUCGUGCAACAUCUGAGCAGCAGGAUGCUGGAGAGGGACCUUCAAAUCAAGAAAGCUCCAGCAGAGCCCAGCUGUUAGCGUCAAUCAAAUCCAAAUCAUAUGGACAAGUUAUAGAGGCUUCCAAGUCCCGACGUCACAGACAGGCAGAAUUGGUCCAAGCAGCUGGACCAGACAUAUCACCAAAGGUGUCAUCAAAAAAGAAAAGAUUCCCAUCACUUAAAACGCGCACUCAAUUACGCUUCAGAACUCAGGGAAAUGAGAGUAAGGGCUCGAAUUUGACCCGGUUGUGGUGUUUGAGUGCAGUGAAAGAAGAGAUGGAACCAGAAAAAAAGAAGAAAAAAUUCAACUGGAAGCCCGUCAAGAGCAGUGAUCCCACUUAGUAGUAAGCAGCACCAUCUGGAUGGAGUGUGAUUGGCGGGCCGCCCAGUGUUAAAAGCUAGUGUGAUUUGUGCUUGGAGCUCAAGUUUUAUUUGAUUUGUUUUAUGUAAUUUUGAACAUUGCUGCUUUUGGCUUAAAAGGGCAGUGAACGCAAGUUGCUUUUAAGACAGCUCUUUUUUUUUUUGUAUUUGGCAUCAGAAUAUGUGAUAGAUAUACAUUUUAGACAGUUAUUUGUUUACUGUUCUUAUACUGUUCUUACAUGUUAUUAAGCAGCUAUUUAAAAUGGAUAGUUUUUUAAGUAUAUUUUGAUGUUUUAAAUGAUGUUGACGAUUUUAUAAUUCAGAAUGUUUGGCUUUCCCUGUUUUUCUUUUGUUUUUAUAUCAAUCCACUUUCUUUCUAUUGUAUUCAUGCCAGCUAAUACAUCUCACACACACUGAGAAACGAGAGUUGUGUGGUCUUUUAUAUGCAUGUGGCCCCGGUCUUUCUAACCUGAAGGUUUUACUGAUGUACUCAUUCGGCUGCUUGAUUUUAAUCAAUAUCUUUUAUCACUUCCAAUCCUAGCAUUUCUUUCCCUUGCUCAUUCAUGUCUCAGCCAAAGUCUGGAGUCACCUGAUAAUUUAGAUCUGCAGCACAGUCAAGAUUGAUGUAGUUUGCACCUAAUAGGCCGUAGCUUUUAAGAUGAAUUCAAUACAUACAAAUCAUAGUGACUGAUUGCACAUAAAGAUUAAUUCCCCUCGAUGCAUGCUGGGAAUAUGAGACACAUAAGUGGUCAGAGUCGCUGUUUGCUAAAUUUGUGCGAAUAUAUAUAGUGUUUCCGACUUCUUUCUUUCCUGAAGAAUGAUAGGAAAUAAUGUUUACAAUAUAAUAAUGCUUAUAAAAAUGGUAUAUUUAUUUUUAGCAACUAACUGCAGCAGCUUUGCAUGAUCUGAGAGUAGAUUUAUAGUAACUUCAUUAAACCUUAAACUAUUCAGUGUUGCUCUUCAUGAUUCAACUGACUUGUAUUUGUAUGCAAUGUGUAAACCCUCUGCAUGAUUUACUUUCUCCUAUAACAAUAUUUAUACAUAUAUCACAGAAUAAUUCAGUAAAUCCGUUUUGUCAUUUUUCUCAAAUGUUUUGCUGGCACUGUUGUCUCACCGUUAGUAAAAAAGUACAUUAAUAUUCGAUCAAACUUGUUGACACAAUUGUCAGUCUUUGUUAUUUUUACACUAUAUUAAAUUAUUUUACAACU